AUGCACGCAGCCCCAAUCGACAUGCAGCUACCAUCGUUCAGUCUUCCAACAUUCAAGGGCGAUAGGAAGCAGUGGGCAUCGUUCAAGGACAUCUUCACCAGCAGUGUGGACAUGAAGAACCUUACGAAUGCGCUUAAGCUUCAGUUUCUUAUGUCUCACUUGGAAGAAGAAGCGAAAAGCCUGGUGAGUAGCUAUGCUAUCACAGAUGUUAACUACAAACAGGUGUGGGACACUCUGGUCGAACACUAUGACAAGCCGAAGUUUGCUGUUUCGGCGCUUGUCCAUGAGUUUUGUGACCAGCCAGUGAUAAAAGCAAUGAACCUCACGAACUUGCGGAAGCUCGUAUCGACAUCCGACGAGGUGAUACGCCAGCUAAAGGCCAUGGGCAAUGCAUACAAGACCAGGGAUCCAUGGCUCAUUCAUCUAGUCUUGAAGAAUCUGGAUGACAAUUUGCAUUCUCAGUGGGCAACACACAUCGUUGACAUCGACAAUCCCACAUUCGAUGAACUACUGAAAUUCCUCAAGCGGAAGUGUGAUGCAUUCGAAACUUGUGCUGCGUUCGGCGGUAAACACUUGGAUCAUGUCAAGAAGGAAAUCUACAAGGAAGAAAAGAAGCCGAUCAAGAAGGAAAUCAACAGUUUCUAUGUCGUAGAGCAGCAUUCAUGUCCGAUGUGUUCGGGAGACCAUGGAAUCUACAAGUGUUCAACAAUCAAGGAGGCUUCGGUGAAGGCAAGGCGUGAAUUUGUACAGCAAGCAAGACUCUGCUUCAAUUGUUUGCAUUCGAACCACUGUGCAAAAUCGUGCCCGUCGAACAACCAGUUUCAUAAAGUGCGAGCCAUGAUCGACAGUGGUUCUCAAGCAUCGCUGAUUACGGAGCAUUGUAUCACUAUUCUUGGAUUGGAUAGGAAAAAUGCGAAGGUGGUUAUUUCCGGUAUCGUAAACAGUGCCUCAGAGACCACCAGAGGGGUGGUGGAUUUGGAAAUCUCGUCGCGAUUCGACUACAAGCCAGUCAUCCAAACGAAAGCUUACGUGCUGAGUAAGCUGUCAACGAACAUACCAAGCCAGAAGAUUGAUGCAAGCCGUCUGAAGUGUCUGGAUUUGGUACCAUUGGCGGAUCCGGAUUUCGACAAACCAAACAAGGUUGACCUGAUUCUGGGAGUUGAUGUGUUUCUGUCGAUUGUUGAAGAUGGUAAGAUAAGGAUGAUAUGGGAACCCCAGUAG